GUUUGUCAUCAAAGGAAGCCUGGCUGGAGCUGCUGUAUACGUGGCAUAUGAUCAGGGACUGCUGGGCAGUGGUACACAAGGUGCUGAAGCCCUCAAAAAAGCUCAAGCAGCACUGCCUCCAGCUAUCCAAGAGUGGACAAAUUACAUAGGCUGGGAGCUCCCACCCGCUCCAAAAUUUGACUUUUCCCCCUCUGAUUACUGGAAUAAAGGGGUGCAGACAGUUAUGUCUGCCUUGUCUGUAGCUCCCACCAGGGCCUGCGAGUACACUGUGGAAGGCUGGAAGUAUGUGAAGGAUCUUGUCAAAUGA